AUGCUGCCUCCAACACGGAUGGGAUACAGUUCGAGCUCGUUCUCUAUCUUGGACAUCCUACGUGUAGUUGCAGGACUCCUUUUCUUCAAUGCUUUUGCCUCCUGGUGGUUCACUUCUUCCUCCACUUGGGGCUACGAUGGGAAGUGGAUAGAUCCUCGAUUCUUGAAGUUUAAGGUUGCAGGGAAACCGCUACAUUUUUCCUUGGAGGACUUGGCAUUGUACAACGGCUCGGAUCCGGCUCUCCCUAUAUACAUCGCCAUCAACGGGUCUGUGUACGAUGUGAGUGCUUCGCCAAAAAUAUACGGCCCCAAGGGCCCAUAUCGUUUCUUCAGCGGGCGUGAUGCAGCACGUGCGUUCGUCACUGGGUGUUUCCAGAAAGAGGAUGAGUUCACUUAUGACCUUCGGGGUAUUGACCCGGAAGAAGCCGCGCACGACAUUCGAAGCUGGCAACAAUAUUAUGAAACAAGUAGGAAGUAUUGGUCAGUGGGAACAGUCGAUCACAAGCCAUUAACAGGCGACCCUCCAGCUCCAUGUGUUCAUGUGAAGUAUCCUCAAUAG